CCUUCUGGGAAUCCGUUUUGGUAUCGGCUUCACUCUUUUAGUCGACUUCCGUCCCAUCAUUUACUCGAUGCGAUUCCCGUGACGCGAUAUUUACACGCCAGCCCGACAGCCCUUUGACGAGCAGCCCUUGGAGCUUCAGCAGUCCAUACACAAUCGCUAUACCGUCUGCAGGUUACGCAGACACAACACUCUUUGGAUCAGCCAAACCACACUCAUUAUUCAGCAUGGACUCGUUCUCGAGGCUCAUCUCCCGGGGCGCCGAGCAGACCAGCGACAAUAGCAAUGUCAUCAACCUGCUGAUCGCCCUCCUCGUCGUCGUCUUCGUCGGCUUGAUUGCGUUCGCACUCCUCGUUCUGCUGCGGAGGAUGCGCAGGCAGAAGCAGAUGAUGGAGACGCUGCCGCAGUAUCAGGACGUCAAGCGGACAGGCAAUCACCGGCGGCUCACCAUCCAGACGGGCAACGGGCACGGCCGGUCCAGCGUCAUUGUCCUCAACGGUAACGGGCAGCCGAUGCUAGCGAACCCGCACUCUCCGCCGCACUCGCCCGAUAACGUGCCCGAGAUCCACAUCACGUUCCCCGACGAGCAGGACGAGCAGGGCCGGCCCAAGAGCGGCCGGGUCGUCGUCGUCAGGGUCGGCGAGACCACGGUCGGCCUCGAGCCCCUGCACGACGAGCAGCUCCCCGCCUAUGAAAAGGAGAGCAAGACGCAGUUCUACGCCCUCGACAUCGACAAGAUUGGCGGCUUGAAGGAGAAGGAGUUCCACUAAAAAGCCGCAACAACACACAACGAGUCUGGCAAAGCACAAUCACUCAAGAGAGAUUGUGUCUUUCGGCAAAUAAUAGAACUGCGAUCUUCUCUCCUUUCGGCCGACGAAACGA